UCGGCCGCUGGAGGAGAGUGGACCCCCCCCCCCCACUUUGAGGCUUUUUCCCCGGCGCCUCCCUGCCGCCCCCCGGUCCCGGCGCGGGGCUCGGGGAUGCCCGCCAGCAUGUUCAGCAUCGACAACAUCCUGGCCGCCCGGCCGCGCUGCAAAGACUCGGUGCUGCCGGUGGCGCCCAGCGCCGCGGCUCCCGUAGUCUUCCCGGCCCUGCACGGGGACUCGCUCUACGGCGCCGGCGGCGGCGCCUCCUCGGACUAUGGCGCCUUCUAUCCGCGCCCGGUGGCCCCCGGCGGCGCAGGCCUCCCGGCCGCGGUCGGCGGCUCCCGCCUCGGCUACAACAACUACUUCUACGGGCAGCUGCACGUGCAGGCGGCGCCCGUGGGCCCGGCCUGCUGCGGGGCCGUGCCGCCGCUGGGUGCCCAGCAGUGCUCCUGCGUCCCGACGCCCCCAGGCUACGAGGGCCCCGGCUCGGUGCUAGUGUCCCCAGUGCCGCACCAGAUGCUGCCCUACAUGAACGUGGGCACCCUGUCGCGCACCGAGCUGCAACUCCUCAACCAGCUGCACUGCCGGCGGAAGCGGCGGCACCGCACCAUCUUCACGGACGAGCAGCUCGAAGCGCUGGAGAACCUCUUCCAGGAGACCAAGUACCCAGACGUGGGUACCCGCGAGCAGCUGGCCCGGAAGGUGCACCUCCGCGAGGAGAAAGUGGAGGUCUGGUUUAAAAAUCGCCGUGCCAAAUGGAGGCGGCAGAAGCGGUCCUCGUCGGAGGAGUCGGAAAACGCCGAGAAGUGGAACAAGACGUCGUCAAAGGCGUCGCCCGAGAAGAGGGAAGAGGAAGGUAAAAGCGAUUUGGACUCGGACAGCUGACGGCCGCGGGCCGGCUGUGGCUCUUGACUAACUCGAAGGACUUGCACAGACAGACGAUGCUACUUUCUUGCACACGCGCUGCCUUGCGGGAGGGGGCCGAGAAAGAGGAACGAGGCUGUAAAUAGUGUACAGAGCCCGGAGGGUUGGCGCCUGGGGUCGGGGGUAAGCAGGGGCUCGAGCCCCGAAGUCCAAGGCCGCCAGCGCCUCGCUCCCCACCGUAGUAUUUAUAGUUAAGUUAACGGUGACGAUACAAUAAAGUGAUGGCGAUGUAGUCGGGCCACAUUCUGUAUUUCAUACCCACCGCCCCCCACCCCCAUCUGAGGCCCAGAAAAGAAAUCUACGUAGUUUGUAGCUUCAAAUGAAAAAAUUGGGCAGCUCUGACCUGUCCGGGGAAAAAAAAAAAAGAAAAGAAAAGAAACCCUGGAUAUGAAGCAGUCGCAGGACGGGUGUCUUGGUUUAAAAUCCGUUUCGUCUCUAGGAAGGGGUGGAGAGGGACUUUGCCGGGCUGCUGGGGGUGGUAGCAUUGCCCAUGAGAGGGGACAGCAUGGGGUUCCUGCUCCCCCUCGCCCACGGGGAGAACCAGGACUCUUCCUCCUUGCCGCCUAGGGAAGCCAGAGCGAGAAAGCAGGAUCCGCCCUGGAGCUGGGGGAUCCGGGAGCCUCUCCAGAGCCGGCUCAUGGGUCCCUGUUCCCACGAAAUCCCCAGGCCUGAGGGUGGAAUUAGGUGGUGGGCGUGCCUCCUUCCCAACACUUUUCUCACUUUUCUGGAUCUUUCAUGGCCACUCCGCCGCUCUGAGCCGGCACGUCUCCCGCCUGGCGGCUCUCAGCUGCGGGUCCGCAGAGCCUAGUGGGGACCCCGGCCCCACGGUGCUUUAGCCCAGGCAUUUGGGGUGGCCACAGGUACCUGCCCUGAGUUCUGGGGGCCACCCGGGUAUAAGAGUGCCACGCCGGGGCAGUGGCGGUGCUGACGCCUUUGGUCUUCUCCUGCCGCCGCCGCCCAAGGUCUCCUAUCUGCAGUAGCUGGGGUCGCCCCGGCUGGUGCGCUGGUCAGCAGCCUGUGAGGGAUGGAGAGGCCCGGAAGCUUCCCCGUGUGGUGCCGGCUGAGCACUUGGGCCAGGGAUGAAGACCAGAGCGUGCAUGCUGUAUGGUUCCCCAGCCCACCGGGCCGGGGUUAGGGUGGGUGGAGGCCAAGGGCCCGCAGAAUUGGUUUUGAAUGUUUCUACUUUACUGAUUUUACAACAAAUCCAUUUUAUAGAUAAGGAAGCUAAGGCUCAGAGAGCUUCCCGGCUUGGCUGAUGGGGGUGCUGCCCAGGGAGCAAUGACCUUGUUCUUCCUUUUCGGCUGCCUGCCUCCGGUAUUUAGUGCGAGGUCCCUCCAGGGGAAGGCUGUGCAUCCUGGCUGUGGACUGGGCCCCCGCAGAAUAGCCUCUCCCGAGAGGCGGUAUUUUUCCUACAGCUUUUUUAUGUUUAAAAGGUAAAAGUAAUUCCUGGAACAGGUGAAAAGACACUUCGGAAAUAGGAAGUGUCUCCCCCCUUAUCACCUUUUGAAUAAGGAGUAUCUCUAGAUGGAAGUAGGAGACAGCCAGGUUUGCCUCAAGGGUCAAGAUUGCCUUGGUGCAUGUGUGCUCUUGAGCAAAUUAUGGAACCCCUUGCUGUUAUGGGCUGUAAAAUGGGUACAACGAGAAUGUCUGCUCCCCAGGGCUAGUGUGGACAUUAAAGGCAUGGCCUCCUGUGUAAUAAUAGCUUGCCUGGGGGAAAUCGUU